AUGUCUGGAUUGUGGCGGCUGCCGGAGACAGUGGUGGUAGCCAUAGGUGGGAGGGCGGGAGCCAGGGCCGUGCUCCUCCACCACAGUCUCCGCAACACUGUCCACGCCCUCUACCUGGCCCUCGACCACGCCUCCCUCCACCUGGCCCUCGACCGUACCUCCCUCAACAUGGCCCUCCAUAAUGCCUUCCUACGUUCCUCUUCACUACAAGGAGGCGCAGAUCUCAGGAAGCUCCUCUCCAAGGAAGCAUCAACAGAAGGGGGUGUGAGGGUGUACCGGCGGUGUCUGUACUGCAACAACGGGGACCCGGACGUCCAACUUCUCCAGAACUUCAACGUUUACUCACCCGACCUUCCUUGGGACGACCUCUUCCAAGAAAGCUUGAAAGACUUCAUGGGCAACAAGAUGAAAGUAGUAACAGCAUCUGUUGUCUUACCGUAUCUUGACUACCAGCGAGUCAGCGAGACCCCCGGAACAGCCAUUGUGUUGACCGACUCCACUGACGCCCGGCUCAUCCACACCUUCGCCCACAAACUCAACUUCACUUUCGAUGUCCAUGAGGAUGUGAACCGCACCUGGGGAGUGGAGACGAACGGCACCUUCACCGGGAACAUUGGUCUCCUCCAGCGGGAGCAAAUGGAAUUUUCCACCGUUUCAAUACCGACGGCGAAGCGCCUCAAAGCUGUUGAUUAUUUAAUUGCUUAUUCUGCCGACUCCUUAUCAAUAACCUCCCUCAAGCCAUCGCUGCUGCCUAAAUACCUCGCUCUCAUACGUCCAUUAGAAGGUGUGGCAUCUAUAUUUAUGCGUACGAAUUGA